CUGAAAGUGCUCAUUUGUUGUCACUGGCUUCAGACCACACGCUGACAGACACACAGGCAGGCAGACUGACUGACUUAUAGUCAGUUGUCUAAUUGAUCAUUAUCUACCGUUGUGACGGCAACUAGUCCCGCAGGCAGAGCGGAUCGGAGAGGGGAGCAGGCAGAGCAACAGAGAGGAGAGCAGGCAGAGCAACGGAGCGCUUUGCUGCCACACGGAAGAGAAGUGAGAGAAAGAGGACUGGAAGUCUGGCCGGACUGUGAGCUGCUUUCACGGCAACAUUCAAACGUUUGCUGUUAAGAAGAGAAUACCUGUAGUCUUCAAACAGUGCUCUCACUCGACGGCCGAAGAUGCCACGGGUAGUUCCGGAUCAGAGGAGCAAGUUUGAAAAUGAGGAGUUUUUCCGCAAGUUGAGCAGGGAGUGUGAGAUAAAAUACACGGGGUUCCGAGACCGACCUCACGAGGAGAGACAAGCCCGCUUCCAGAACGCAUGUAGGGACGGACGAUCAGAAGUUGCAUUUGUAGCUACAGGUACCAACCUCUCUCUGCAGUUCUUUCCAGCCAACAUGCACGGUGAUCAGAGACAGGCUCCCACCAGGGAGUACGUCGACUUUGAGAGAGAGACAGGGAAGGUCUACUUAAAGGCUCCUAUGAUCCUGAAUGGUGUGUGUGUAAUCUGGAGAGGGUGGAUAGACUUACAGAGACUGGAUGGGAUGGGCUACUUGGAGUACGAUGAUGAGAGAGCCCAGCAUGAGGAUGCUCUUGCCCAGGCAGCGUUCGAGGAGGCUCGACGCAGAACCAGAGACUUUGAAGACAGAGACCGUUCACACAGAGAAGAUCUGGAGGACCCUGUGGUUUCUAAAAUCUGGGACUGAUGACACACAGACAGACAGCCAGCAGAACAGAACAGGUCCAGGCGACAGCAAGACCCCGGGCCUGGCUCCAACAUGGCCAACGCUGACGUCGAACACAAGAAGCGCUGAGGAAGGAGAAAAAGGAGGGGAGGAGCACAGGACUAGUGUCAUUUCUCUUUCAAUACAUUCAACUGAAAAAAAGUCAUUAGAAAUUUACUACAAUGCAGCAUUUCUUUUCAUUAUUUAUUUACAGGCUUGAUAGGGCAGCCCUCACAAAACAAGAAAACCAGCCCCUUUUCAAUAUUUCAAGAGAUUCACCUGACUGAAUUGAAAGUUAAGCCAACCCUAGAGAAAGAGGGGAUUGAGUAGGGGUGCGGAGAAGAGGAAUAAAGAAACAGCAAACUUUGGCAACAAAAGUAGUUCUGCACUUUCUAUUAAUAAGAAGUGAAAAAAGAAAAGUACUCAAUCAAAUCAAGGCAAUCUUAGGUUAUCAGUCUUUCAAGUAUACAAUAUAAUUACAAAUCAAGAACAAAUGAAGUGAUUCAAGUAUAAAUAAAUCCUCUCUGAAUUUUUUUUUUUUUUUUUGCCCAGGACUGAAGAUUUAUGGAGGAAAAGGGUGGAAUCAAAAAUCAAACAUACAUUAAUGCAAGACACAGCCAUGCUAGCAGGUCAUAAAUGGGACGUGGAGGAAAACGGACAGAAAUGAGGAGGGAGAUAGGCAGGAAGGGAGAGAGACAAAACAUAGAUGACAGGGUUGGGGUCAGGGUUUGGGCUAAUGGUCAGGAUUACCAAGGAAGCACAUUUCAAAAGUAGGUUGUUCGUUUUUGACAAAUGAUUCUGCAUCGUGCAGCGAUGUACAAUGCGUCAUGUUUGGGACGUACUCAGUGACUCCCCCACCAAAGCCAGCAGACAUCCUGAAGCCUGCUGUUUUCUGGGACCAAAGCUCACUCUGCUGGAAAAUGAGAGUGG